AUGGUAGAUGAGUCAAUUUCACUGAUAAAACAUGUUCCUAGCUUUGCAAGAGGUUUUAGCAUUCUGCUAGUGCAUGAUGACAAAAUUUCACGUUCUUAUCUCUCAACAAUUCUUCAGCUAUAUUCUUUCAAAGUUACUGCUACAAAUAAGGCAUCCGCUGCUGCAUCCAUGAUUUGCCAUCAAGAAGGCACGUUCAAACUGAUAAUGGCUAAAGCUGAUAUGGCUGACAUGGAUAUCCCUUCUUUUCUGGAUGUAGUAGUUCAAAAGGAUCUUCCUGUCAUCUUCAUCUAUUCUGGAGUGUUUGAUGAUGUAAAUAAGAAAGCUUUAGCUACAGGAUUGUGUUAUUUCCUUAAGGAGCCAAUCACUCCGAAUGAUCUUCAAUAUCUCUGGCAACAUGUGUAUCACUCAAGAGCCUAUUCACCCAAAAACACUCGAAAUGCAGACUUCCAUGCAAAGGGAUUACAGAAUACCCAGAUGAAACAGGUGAGAAACGCCCAAUGCCAGGUUCUUGGAGCAAAAAGCGGAAGAAGCGAUGCUGAUACAUUGGGCAAAGAAAAAGGAAAGAAAACCCUCAACAACACAAUGGCAACCACAAAGUGCAAAGGUCACAAAGAAUAUGGAAAAAGAAAGCAUGAUGACUAUGCAGGCAAGAAAAAAGAGAAGAGAGAUGUUGUGCAGGAAAAGCCAGAUUCGUUGGGAUCAGCCAAGAUGAACAUUAACAACCUCAAUGAAUAUUUCAGAAUGUCUGAGCACAAAAAACGUUUGAGCGUUUGGACUCCUGAGUUGCAUCAAAAGUUUCUAGAAGCAGUGAACGAAUUGGGAGACAACAUUGCUCGUCCAAAACAGAUAUUAGUUCGGAUGAAUGCCAGUGAGCCUUACCUCACUGUUCGCCAAGUUGCAAGUCAUUUGCAGAAAUACAGAUUGCGUUUGAAAGGUGAAGAGAGCUCUCUCAAUUCUGAUUUGCCUAGAGUAUCAUCCUCAAGACACAAAGCCAACUCUUCUUCGUCUGAAGGAUCCACCUUGGAAACAAAAGGUCUCCCAGCACCAAAAGUUUUCUUGAAUGUGAACCAUAAUCAAGAUCAGAUUCCAGUGAACAGCUUGGGAAUGGAAUUCACAGAUUCUUGGGAUUCACAACCAAUGUCAGGUGCUUCAAUGGAUUCGAAUAUACCUGGAACUGAUUUAUGUGAUUUCGUAGAAACGUUUCUGGAAGAUUCUGAUUGUUUCAAUUUGCAUAAAUAUGAAUCCAAUCCUGCUGCUGUUGAUCAAUGUGCUGAGAUGCUAAGAAAUGUUCUAGAAGGGGUUCCCCUUAAUUAA